AUGCGCCGGCGGCACACCACGGGACCUUCUCUCGGCGCCAGCGCGUACACGAGGGGCCAGAGGGAAAAGCCGCGCACCGGCGCAAUCACACUGCGGGAGUCUGGGGGCAGCCGGUGGCAAACAAUUUACCAGUACUUUGGAGUUUCCUCCAGGGGGUGUUUGGAGAGGCAGGAGAUAAGCACAUUUAAUAAAGAAAUAAAUACCCAGACCGACACAGGGCUGCUAUCCCUGGAGGGAGGCACGGAGCAGUACUCAGAGGAGGCGUGCAACUUCCGUGAGACGGUCCUCCACGAUGGCUACAACCUCUACUACUCCGAACACUACGACAUCCCUGUCAGCCUCAGCUCGAGGGGGGCCCUAUCGCGGAACCGUCAGCUACCCCCGUUCUCCCAGUUCUUGCCCUUGGUCAACCGGAUCCCUCUCGACCCUGUGUUUGUUGACUAUGACUUCUAUGAACAAGAGCUGGACGUCGAGUCUGCUGAUCCCUUGAGCAUGAUGGGCCAAGCCCCCGGCUUCAUGAGCCCCAGUUAUGUCUUUUGA